CACGGAGCUGAAGACUGGGUGGAUCCGACCAGAACCGGGACUCACAGCAGCCUCACACGAUGGUAGCGCCUGGAAACUUCCAUCUAAACUUUUUAAACAGCCGCCCGAGCUGUACUUUAAACUCCGUGGAGUGUUUACCCGUUUGCUGAAGUGUGGAAACACUUCGGUCUCACAGUUUCACCUGAGUGACAAAACAAAAGAAACACUGAGUCAACAUCAUCAGACUGAAAGCCUAUCAGUCUCCUCAAAGUCACACAACAAGGUCCUCUCUCGCACCUACAAUGCCGACCCUCGAGGACAGCGGUGACCUGCACGCACUUUGCUCCGAGCUGCCUGCCAUGUUUGAUGGCAUGAAGAUGGCAGCAGUGGCAGCAACCCUGUACAUCAUCGUCCGCUGUCUGAACCUGAAGAGUACCACAUCUCCACCAGAGAUCGUGUACCAGGACACAGCGCUCGGCCGCUUCCUGCUCAAGUCCUGCCCCAUGCUGACCAAAGAAUACAUUCCUCCCUUGCUGUGGGGAAAGAGUGGUCAUCUCCAGACGGCCCUGUAUGGCAAGAUGGGACGUAUCAACACACCAACGCCCUGCGGGGUUCGCAAGUUCCUCCCCAUGCAGGACGGAGCCACAGCGAGUUUCGACCUCUUCGAAGCCCUAGGGGAUCACAGCACAGGAGGUGAUGUUACCAUGGUUAUCUGCCCUGGGAUCGGUAACCAUAGCGAGAAGAACUACAUUCGGACCUUUGUUGAUCAUUCCCAGCGGCAGGGUUACCGCUGUGCCGUCCUCAACCACCUGGGAGCGCUGCCCAACAUGGAGCUCACCUCGCCUCGCAUGUUCACUUACGGUUGCACCUGGGAGUAUGCAGCCAUGGUGGCUUACAUCAGACGGGCCUUCCCCCAGACGCUCUUGGUGGUGGUGGGCUUCAGUCUUGGGGGGAACAUUGUCUGUAAAUUCCUCGGUGAGAACCGAUCAAACCAGGAGGGCGUGCUGUGCUGUAUCAGCGUGUGUCAGGGGUACAACGCCCUCAGGGCUCAGGAAACAUUUUUACAGUGGGACCAGUGCCGCAGGCUCUACAACUUUGUGUUGGCGGACAACAUGAAGAAGCUCAUCCUGUCACACAGGAGCAGUUUGCUGGAAAUGAGCUCCAGCUGCAUUGGUGAUGCAGACCUGGUCAAACUGUGUGCAGCCACCUCUCUGAUGCAGAUAGAUGACAGCAUUAUGAGAAAAUUCCAUGGAUACAGCUCCUUAAAGGAGUACUACGACAAGGAAAGCUGUGUGCACUACAUCAACAAAGUUACUGUGCCUCUCCUCCUGGUUAACUCCUCAGAUGACCCACUGAUUCAUCAGUCACUACUGGCUAUUCCUCGCUCACUUGCAGAGAAGAUGCCCAAUGUGAUAUUCGCCUUAACCCAACACGGAGGCCACCUGGGUUUCUUCGAGGGAGCAGUGAUGUUUCCUCAGCCGCUCACCUGGAUGGACAAGGUCAUAGUGGAGUACACAAACGCCAUGUGUAGCUGGGAGAAGAACAAGCCAGCCUGCCAGAGGAGCAGCCAUCAGGACUUGAACCCCUGCCUGCAAGCACAAGGGUAACCCUUAGUGGGUAACACAUACUGUACAUACAGUAUGCUACUGGAAACAAAACAAAAGACCAUAACAAACACACACACACACAGCCCUUUGUUACUGCGCUACUUUGGUACUAAUGGCCUUAACCUAGCUAGAUAAACUAAGACAGGCUGAUGGACGUGAGUAAAAACUAAGUGAAAAGUCAAACUUACAGAUAUAAUAAAACCUUCGAGGAUAAUAUGACCCCUACCAUGCCCUUUUGAUCUCACUUCACCUCUAAUGAAGCAACAGUUCACCCCCUGCAGGUAGCUCAAAAUAAGUUAAAAUCCCUCUCCCCCCCUCGGAGGAUAGAUUUUCAUCAUCAGGCCAUAACAUUUAACCAUCCAAGGUAGCUGUACCGAUGGCCACCAGAUUUUGAAGCAAAGCAGUAUCCAUGCAAAUGUUAACCAUAACAUAACAUUACGUUUACUAGAGCACAACCAUGAUUUCCCUUUUGAACAGGUGUGAUGGGAGGGAUAAUUAUUCUAUUAUUAUGUAGACAGUCUUGUACUUUUGCCUUUUUCCGUUAUCCAGUGUUUGUUUUCUGAAUCAAAUAUUUUGUGGCCAUGAUCAAUCUCGUAGAUGCUCGGCCUGCUCGUUCCAGGCUUAAAACUUUUUUAUACAUUUUUUUUGAAACAUCAAUGGAGAAAAAGAGUACCAGAACUGUUCUAGAGAACUGCUCUAAAAGUGGGUGGUCACUGUUAAGCUCUAUACUUGAAUAUCCAUCAGUCAGUUGACACACACACUUCACUCAUUUAGAAAAAGUGAGAAGGCACCAGAUUGAAGUCUUGAAAUCUUAAGAAGAAGAAUUUCAAAAAUACCUGAAGCUUCAACAUAUUUGAGUUUCAGCUUCUUAAAUCUGAUGAGCACCAGAACAACAUGGUUUAUGGUUUACAGUGGGGAUUUCCAACUGUUGUUAUGGCUCAGUAUAAUACAACAUGCCUCAAACUGGGAUUUUUAUUUCCUGAAGCUGCAUUUUAAAUCUUAGAUAUGACAAUCCUGUUGUUUUAUUGCAGCAAAUAUGGUUUGGUUUGAUUAUGUGGUUUGAGGCUUCAUUUUGCUCACUGGACACUGCUCUCCGGUUUCUUUGCGUUACAAUGGUGUGUGACGGGUCAUCUAGCUGCAUUCUUGCUCCUGACUUUCAGAAUAAAAGACUCAGGUCACAUCAGCUUUAAAAGAUGUUACGAAAAAACAGUCAGACAGAUAUUGUAUUGGUUUCUAUUUAAUAACAUUUUUAAUGAUUUGCGUAGUUGAAUAGAAAUAUGGACCCUACAUACAAACUACCUUUAACAUUGCACUCCAAAAGGUGUAGGUGUCUGGGUCAGCUUGUCCCAUUCAGUUUUUGUCCCACAGGCCCAACGACAGCUGCUUGAACCCUUAUGCCUCCUGUUGUAGGAGGAUGGAAGAAAUUUUCCAAAUGUUUAUUUUGGGUUAUUAAGACAAAAAUGCUUUCACAGAUUUACAAACCAGAGCAGAUUGUCAGAAAAUAAACUGAAGCAAACGGCUGCUGCGUCAAACCUUGUUUACGAAUAUUUCAACAGGAAGGAGAGAAGAGUGUGUGACUGGGACGAAACUAAAAAAUGUAGUGUUUGAUUCUCAGUUGACACUCUUACACACAAACUAACGGACCAAAGCACUUUUGACUUUAAAUACAAAGCAGCUCAUCUUUGUCAUUUUUUAAUGAUGCUACUGCAUUGCGGCCACAUAACCAGCACAUAUGACUUUGCCUCAAAUACAGUGGAGUUCUCCUUUAAGACAAUAUUUAAACAAAGGCUUACUACUAGUUUUAAUAAGUUUCCAGUUUCCAGGGUUUGUAUUAAGCUGCUUAUUUCUGCAUACAAGAUUUCUGUGUAAAAUAAUGAUGUAAACAUAGUUAAUAUCGUAAAUGGAGGAGUGAAAUGUUUCUUUCAUUUAAAACACAGGACAAACUUUAGCUGUGUCUCAUGGUUUGGUAGAUUUUUAUGUGUAAUGUGUUGAUACAAUGAGAGGUCAGUCAAACAGCUCAUUAGAGCACAUACCUCCACCAAGGCUCAAAAGACCCCUUAUAUUCAGUCAGGCUGCACCAAAUUUCACAAUCUCAUAGAGAUCAGUUCCAGUUCCCAUGAUUUAUUCCCUGAGAAAACAGUGAAAAUCUUAAAAAACGACAACACAGCACAUUAUAGUUCUAUCCUUGAAAUUCCAGCGAAUUGAUUCUGAGCUUCGUUGAUAUACUCUGGAAUUUCUGCCAAAUUCCAUGCAAAUAUUUAGAAAAUUUGUAGAAAAAGACUUUAAACAGCGCUGCUUGAUUUAUGACAAGAAGGAAUACUGCUAAUACUGCUAAUUUAAUAGAACUCUGUGGAGUGACAGUCUGUAACACUCCCCUUAUAUAAACACAUUCAAAUUUACUAAAUCCAGAUACUUAUUUGGAUCUGCACAAAAUUACAAAACAUUGACCCUUUUUUCGCAAUGUUAAAUGAAGUGAAACAAAUUGGAUCUGCUCCCUGUAUCCGGAUCCGCACUAAACUUUAAUAGGGUCUCUACUGACUCGUAUCACAUCCAUACAUAAAGUUUAGAGGUAAACUGUUCAGUAGUUUUUUUGUUAUCAUGCGUACAAAAUCAAGCAAACAAACAGACAGGGGUAGAACAAGCUCCUUGGUGGAGGAUAAGAGCUGCAUUUUCUGUGCUGGAAUUCCUUUUUUAUUUCGGUAGUUUAUUUUGGUCUUUUUCUUCAUGACUUUGAGAAGUGCCUAUGGUUUGUGUUUGAUGUUAAACUGAACUGAAUCCUGAAACCUGCGGCAGCAGCACUCCUCUGUCUAUAUGUACAGUACAGUAUGUCCUGGCUGUUACAGGUAUAGACUCUUUCGCCUGCACUUUACUUGCCUGAACAGCUCUUUUGUACUGUAUGACAAUGUGUAUCCUUAUAUGGGUGUAAUAUGAAUGUGUUUUGUUCGUUUUUUUUUAUUUGAGCACACCCAUUUAUUGAUAUUUUCCACAAACAUUUACGUUUGUUUAUUUUAACCUGAUCAGGGUAUUUCGUUUUUUUAAUGGAUUUUUAGAUUGAUACAAAUACAACUUAUAUUUAUAUACAGUUUAUUGUACAUUUAUUGACAUUCUUAUUGGUGCAAGGGGUAAAACUUGUAACUAAUACUGAUAUUGAAGAACAAUCUAAAAGUUGCAAUAUCAGCUUUCAUUGAGAGACUGGGGGGAGUGGAGAGUGGAAACUGAAUAAUCUGGGGCCUGCCAGUGUCACAACAAGCUGUGUGGAUGAGCUACAGUCUGAACAAAGCACAACUUCACAGAGGACCAAGAAACAGCGUCUCUGUAUGCUGCUCAACGCUACUGAUAACAGAUAAAGAAUAUACAGAAUACUGUAGAGUGGAGUAAUGACUGAAGGUUGAGAGUCAGAGGCGCCGCCUUUUCCUCCGUUCCUGUGCCUUGUCAGGACCUCUGGCAAACAACAUCACUCACACAAUGACUUUGAAUUUCAUUCAUAUUUUUUUCUCUCUACAACCACACAGCUAGAAUUUGAGUCUCCACAGUCUAUGGGAGUUUGCAAUAUCUUAAUGAUCGAUGGAGUUUAGUCAAACAGCUUGGCAGCUAUGGCCUUGCCGUCGUACUUGGCGCCUUUUCCGUCAAACUCAGACGGCAGGAUGUCAGCGUCAAACUCCUUGUAGUAGUUUUCCAGCUCGUCUCCAUGGACGAACACCUGAGGCAGGGACGACAAUCUGUUAGUCAUCUCAGACAGUGUAUUCAGUUUGUAAAAGUGUGUCAAUUUUUAUUUUAUUUUAUUUGCUAACUAUAAAAACCAUGAGGUGGUCCUCAGCAUUGCUGAAUCCUCAGUGUCAUCUUUGAUCAUAACCUCACUCUAAUUAAACAUGACAAAUCACUGGUUCAAUAUGGUUUUGAUCCUCUCACAAGGAUUUCAAGGAUUAGAACAUAUUUUCCGCUACAAAAGUAGAAACAGUUUUUCAUGCUUUAUAAACCAGUCGAUUGCCCUGCAGUAAUUCACUACUCUCUGGUACCAAAGAAAAGUCCCUUCCCUGUCUCCAUCUCAUCUUAAACUUUUAACUCAGGCUAAGGAUUGUGAUAAUAUGUCAACUAUCAAGUUUGCUUCUCUUCACUGGCUACCUAUUGUUUUGAGAACUGAUUUUAAGGUUUUACUUGCUAAACCCAGAGAGGCAGCGCCCCAUGUUAUUCAUCAGAUUUUUUACUGAUUUAUGUUGAAGCGCUGCGUUUAAUUUUUCAUUGUUUCCAUUGACAAACGAAGGUGACAGAACUUUUUUCUGAGGAGAUCAGAGAUGACUUGUAUUUUUAAUCACUGUCAAAAAAAAUAAAAUAACAACUGGCUUGUUUUUAAUGGCUUUUUUUUCCAAUUUCUUUGUCAUUUUAUUGUGAUGCACUUUGUAACUGUUUUAAAAUGUGCGAUAUUAAUAAAAUGGUUAUAUUGUUA